AUGACCCGUCUGUACCAACUGAUGACAGAACCACAGUUUUCCCGCUGCUCCAAACCCUCCAAGUAUAAGAAGCUGCUGUUUGCACUGUGCUUCUUCCACUCUGUGUUACUUGAACGCAGAAAGUUCCUGCAACUUGGCUGGAACAUCAUCUAUGGCUUCAAUGACUCCGACUUUGAGGUGUCAGAGAACCUGCUGAGCCUCUACCUGGACGAGUAUGAGGAGACGCACUGGGAUGCCCUCAAGUACCUCAUCGCUGGUGUCAACUAUGGCGGACACGUCACGGAUGACUGGGACCGGCGCCUGCUCACCACCUACAUCAACGACUACUUCUGUGAGCAGGCUCUAUCAACCCCCUCCUACAGGUGA